UGACAGAGCGGAGGACCUCCAGGUGCGCGUGAAAGGAAGACGAAACGACGAUAAAGAGAAAAGUGCCAGAGUAUUUGAAUGCCUCUUCAUUUUCGUUUAUUGUAUGCACCUGCACACAAACUACAUAAAUAAGUUACAUCACUCGAUUUAUGUAUUACUGACUGACGAGAAGCACUGAAUUCCAUCAUACCCGACUGCGAGAUGGCAAACGGUCGAGACCUUAAACUCAUCAAGGAUUUCAGAUUCGACGAAGAAAAUGUUUCAACCGUGACCUCGAUUGAACAGAUCAAUGUCGAAGACAAUUGUGAAGAGUUGUUGUAUCAAACUGGAUUGGCUUCUGAAAUAGAACCAGACUUGCCAGUGCUGAACAGAAAGCAGCAUUUAGAAUUUUUGAACUCGUCCCUUAAGUAUCUUCCCAAAGGAUAUGAGGUCCUAGAUUCCAGUCAGCCUUGGCUGUGUUACUGGAUUCUACACUCAUUAAGCCUGCUGGAAAAUCCGCCAAAUGCAGAAGUUUCUUCAGCUUUAGUUGCGCGUUUAGCUAGAUGUCAGACAGAAAGUGGUGGCUUCGGAGGGGGUCCUGGACAAAGCGCUCACCUUGCCCCAACGUACGCAGCAGUAAAUGCUCUUUGUACUUUGGGGACAGUAGAAGCGAUGGCUCUGAUAGACAGAGAGAAGCUGCAAAAGUUCCUGUACUCGUUAAAGAACGCCGACAGCUCUUUCUCGAUGCAUCAUGGAAGUGAGGCCGACAUUCGAGGAGUUUAUUGUGCCCUGUCCAUUGCAAGACUGACCAAUAUUUACACUGAAGAGUUAUUCUCUGGAUCUGCCGAGUGGAUCGUGCGGUGUCAGACGUACGAAGGCGGAUUCGCAGGUGUUCCUGGCAUGGAGGCCCACGGAGGAUAUGCUUUUUGUGGACUAGCUGCGUUAUUUUUAAUGGGACAAGAGGAUCUCAUCGACUUCCCAGCUUUCUUGCGGUGGGCUGUUUCACGUCAAAUGAAGCUCGAGGGUGGCUUCCAAGGCCGCACGAACAAACUUGUAGACGGUUGCUAUUCUUUUUGGCAAGGAGGCGCCUUCCCGUUAAUAAAUCUAAUCCUUAAGACAAAAGAGGGUAUGCCAAUGCCGUUAAGUCUGCUGUUCAACCAAGAGGCCUUACAAGAGUACUUGCUAAUAUGCUGCCAGCACCCCCGAGGGGGCAUCAUUGACAAGCCAGGAAAAUCUCAAGAUUUGUAUCACACUUGUUAUGGUUUAAGCGGCAUCUCAGUUGCUCAAUUUGGGUUUGACCCUAGCCACCCAACCGUGAUAGGACCUCCGGAAAACAAAUUGGUCCCUUGCCAUCCCCUGUACAACAUAACCAGCGAGUCAGCUGAGAAAGCAACCACCUACUUCCAAUCACUUCCAUGUCCCUGCCCAGGCCGCCUCAUUUGAAGCUCUUUGUUUUCUUGCCUUCAAACAACUUGUUUCACAUUAAAUAAAUAUAAGAUAUUUAUUAGAAGGGAG